GUGACUCAUUGUUUUUAUAGCCACUCUUUUACAGGCCUUUCUAAUGGCUUCAGUCGUGCUUUCUUUCACUUGUUGGCAGAGGGUUUAAAGUGUGAGAGGUGGGGGGGCACACACCUGUUUCUCAGUUCAGAACUACCUUACAGAGAAAAGGUCUAAGGAACUCUUACAUUUUUGGAUGAUGGACUUGCGUUAAAGGGGUGCUACUUAGAAGAAGACGUCUUUAGACUGACUAACCAGGAGCAUGUAUCUACUUAAGGAGUAUUUGUAAGGUUUAGGGACUAUUGAGGGAGGAAAAUGAGGUCCACAGGCAAUACAGUGGACAGCCCAGCUAAUGAAAUACUGGUUGUCAUGCAAACUUCACAUGACAUCAAAGAGGAAGAGGAGGGGAAAAUACCAGAUAGGGUUAAGCAAAAAAAUGACGAAGAGAAGAUUGGGCCAAAUAAUGAUGAAAAACCAACACAGAAUGAUGACCAAAUGUUUAAGAUGAAAGACCUGUCCAAAAAUGACCUUCUGAAACUGCUUGGAAUCAUGGAAGGAGAGAUUCAGGCACGUGAAGAUGUGAUAUGUCUGUUGAGCUCUGCACUGACGAGUCAACCGGCGGAGCUAGAGUCUCGUUAUGGCUCAGCAAGGCCCACAAGACCCUUGCAGGCCCUAAAGAGAGACAGCUUGCUCAACAAGAACCACACACACCAUGACAAUGUGUACGAAAAGCCUAUGGCAGAGCUGGACAGACUGCAGGAUAAGCACAGAGAGUCAUACCGUCGCAUGCUGGAACAACUGUUACUGGCAGAGAAAAGCCACAGACAUACCGUCCAUGAGCUGAACACGGAGAAAUGCAAACACGUGGACUAUAUGAACAAGAGUGAUGACUUCACCAACCUACUGGAGCAGGAACGAGAGAGGUUAAAGCGAUUGCUAAAACAAGAGAAAGCAUACCAAAUGCGGAAGGAAAAAGAAUUUUCUAAGCACAUCCAAAGAACCGCUGGAGAGCUAGUCAAGUUGAAGUCAUUUGCACUUAUGAUGGUUGAUGAGCGAGAACUCCACUUGGAAAAGAUUGACAAACAGAGCAACAAAAUACAAGAUCUUCUUCAACAACUCCAGGAAAAGGAGCAGAAACUCUGUAAGUCAGAGAGAAAAGCUAAGGAGGACAGCCAGAAUAUCCUGGAUCUUGAAGUUGAGUUGGAGGUAAUAACUUCUAGGUUUGCAAAAGAGCAAGAAGAGAUGGCUGCAAAACUGUCCAGUCAGGAAUCUCAACACAAACAGCUGUCCCAGGAACAGGGGGAAUUGUUAUACAAACAUAAGGAGCUAAAGGAGACCAAUGAAGUUGUUCAGAAAUCAGAAGAGGAGCUCAAGAAGUUGAGGGACAAGAUUAGCAAGGGCGAGUUUGGUAACUCUACCAUAAUGGCAGAACUUGAAUCAUUACACAAGAGAAUUCUGGUAGUGGAAGGUAAUGACGAAGAGAUUGCUAAAACUGAGAACAAUUGCAGUGAGUUGAAGAAGAAGCUUCUUGCUGAGGAAACUCACAAUAAGGAGCUGAGGCGGGAGGUGGAAAAACUGCAACAAAGAAUGACACAAUUGGAAAAACAAGAGGUGACCUUCAAUAUAGGCAGGACAGAAUAUGCCCAGUUGCAGGCAGCUUUGGAGAAAGAGAAAAGCCUGUCAAAAGACUUGACUGAUGAACUAGUGAUGGUUAAAAUUCGUAUGAAAGAGCUUGAGUCAUCUGAGCUGAAACUAGAAAAGGAUGAACUUGAUUUAAAAGAGGAUCUUAUGAAACUCAAAUCGGUCACUGUAAUAAUGGUUAAUGAACAUAAGACCAUGGUGGACAGAAUUAGGUCUGAGGAAAAGAAGAAAGAGGAACUGAAAAUACUGUAUAAAACAGAGCAGGAGAAAGUUACGGAGGUUACUGAGAGGCUAAUAGAGGAGAGCAAGAAACAUAUGAAACUAAAAUCAGAGAUGGAGUUGAAGAUAGCUGCCCUUGUCAAGGAGAAAGAUGAGAUGAAAGGAAAACUUACCAAUUCAGAAGACAAGUAUAACGAUCUAAGCUCCAUGCUUGGUGUGAAUAAGCACAGUACAGAUGGAAUAAAAGAAGACAAAGAAAACAAUGUCUCAAAUGCAUAUGCACCAGAUGAAAUUAAGGUUAAGGAGCUGACUUUGGAGAUUGAAAGAUUAAAGAAUCGUCUUCAACAGCUUGAAGUUCUUGAGAGUGACCUAAUCAAAUCAGAGGACAAGUUUGAUAUGUUGGAAAAUAACUUUCCGUCUGAGCAAGAAAAGGCUAAUUUUCUGUCACAGCAAGUGAAGGAAAUAAGAAGUCCAACUGCAUUGAGUAAGGCAGUAGAGCGAAGUGAGUCAGGUAGUCAGGAGGCUAAACUACGGCAUCGCUUCUUGUUGGAGGAGGCCAAAUCCAGAGAACUUCAAGCAGAUGUGCAAUCCCUGAAGGAAAAGAUUCAUGAGCUCAUGAACAAAGAAGACAAGCUUUCCCAGCUACAGGUAGACUACACUAUGCUGCAACAGAGGUUCCUGGAAGAGGAGGACAAGAAAAAGAACGUUAUCAAUGAAGUUGUAAACCUCACUAGAGAACUUGAGGUCACCAAGCGAUACAGCAGCACCCUACGUCCAUUCACCAAAGGAACCCGAAUUAUGAAUGUUCCAAUGACAUCAAAUGGAGUACAGACUGAUUUGAUUGAAAACAGGAAAGCUGACAAUGACACUCCUGCAGCAUUCAUCAAGAAAUCUGUUAAAGAGGAGAAUCGUAUCAUGAGUAGUCUUCAUCCGAGGACUUUUAAGAAGUCUGUGCAGAGACCGACAGUGCGUGAACUCUAUCCACCAACAGUCAGUGACUUUACUGUGAAGAAGUCCUCAAUACUUUGGAUGAAGAAGAAAGAUAGCAGUGCUUCCGAAAUAUCUUUAGACACCAGUGAGGAUGCUGCACCUACUGAAGUCAACAUGUCCCAAAAACAUGGCCAGCCAAUGCACAUUCAAAGUAUUUCAGAUCUUCAGAAUAGUGAAUCAACCGUACAGAUCAGCAGAUCCUCUUCUGAGGGCUUGAUGAAAAGAGAUGCUGCCACACCAUCAAAUGAGAUACAGAUCAGCAGAUCCUCUUCUGAGGGUUUGAUGAAAAGAGAUGCUGCCACACCCUCAAAAGAGACUCGGAAGCCUCAGCUUGCCAUUUUACCUGCAAAUGAAAGAACCAUAGAGCCAACAAAACUAGAGAGAGCUUUAUCCCCAAUGACCAUUGCCACCAUAUCAAGACUAAAGAGUCCACAGAUUGUUAGGUUACCUUCUUUAGAUAGAUCUUUAUCACCUGUAUCCAUUGUGUCCAACGGCAUCUCUGCUUUGUCCCCAGACAGCUUCCCAGAGACUGUGGACAUGAUAACAGGCAGAGCUGUCUUUAAGGUGACUCCGGAGAAACGAAUGGUUCCCAUGCCAGUUAAGAAAUGCAACUCACCUGCUAGUAUCAUCACCACAGAAGACAAUAAAUUUCACAUUCACUUAGGCUCACAGUUCAAGAAGCCCACUGAAAAUCAUGGCUCAGUUGUCAGGAUCAAAUCUACUCCCACAUCAGCUGAGAGUAAGGAACCUUCUACUGGAACUGUGCUACGCUCACCACACAAUGUUACUGCCACCAAAUCCACAUCGAAUAAAUUGACAAGCAACAUCACCAUCACACAGGUCACUAAAGCACCAGCCAGACCUACACUCUCAGUGCAGCCUGUACUGGAUGUCCCAUCGGUGAAAUCAGGGUUCACUCGUAUUCCCAUGUCUCGAGGGAUGAAAACUGGUAAAGCAGUGCUGGGUGCUCUGGGCAUCACCACAGGUGUUAAAAUGGAAACAAAUGCAGAGACCCAGGCCAUGCACAUUGAGCUGAAAAAGUCAACUCUCAGCAAUGCAGCUUUUCAGGGUGGAGGGAAGGGAUAAAAGGA